UCUGCUCAGUGGGGCUGGUAAGCAAAGGGCACCGAAGGGCUGAAAUCAUCCGAUCCAUCCAAGCGUCUGAGACCCUCCAGCGCACCUUGACAGGCUUGACUCAACGAUCUGCCCAGAUGUCCCGUCCGUUGAUCCCUUUAAAUCCAUCUCUCCAUGUGUCUUCCCUGUUGACAUCGUUUCAAGGCAUUCAAACUUCCCACAAAACCAGUCACCAAUCACAACGAACCAAACCGCCCAAAGAGGAAGUAGCGUUUCCAGCCUAACGCAUCGCUCUCUCCAUCGCUCCGACGUACGAAAUAGCUGAUAUGGCCGACUCUGCAAGCAAUUCCAAUAAUGACGAUAGGGUGAGGAUUCUUGUGCGAGGUUUUGGCCCGUUCAACAAUUAUAAAACGAAUCCAGCCGGGGAAAUAGUGUAUAGCCUCCCUGAUAAUCUCCCAGAGGAUCCUUCGGUCCGCAUCCUAAGUGGCGAUGCGCUUCCAGCAUCAUACACCCGCCUCCAGGCCCUUCUCCCGGCUUGCAUCGAGAGAACCGACCCAGACAUCAUCGUCCUCCUCGGCCUUGACGAGACGAGUCCACCGGGCGUCUUCAAAAUCGAAAUCGGCGCCGACAGGGACGGGUACCACCAGAUCCUCGAUUCCCAUCGAGAGGUGUUCACCAAGCGCGACGGUAAGAGGGUCUUUGGAGGCGGAGGAGCAGUAGCCAAGGGAGAAGAGAGGUUGGAAACGAGGUUCGACGUCGAUGGCGUGGUCGAGACAUGCAUGAAUGAUGUCUGGGGCUUGGAAGUGCCAUCAUCAUCCUCAUCCUCAUCAUCUUCAGCGAGUGGAAAUAGUGAACCCAAACCCACCACCACCAGCAACAAGAACAGCAAAAAGUCCAGCAAAGCCAGCAAACCAGCAGCUCAAACUCGCACCGCCAGUACUGCUACAAUCACAAAACAUCCCAUCUCCAUCCAACGAAGCGAUGACCCCGGAACAUUCGUCUGCGGCUUCGCAUACUACCUCACCAUGUUCGAGCUGACGCACAAGCGCAGCCGCAAGCCCGACGUCGUCUUCCUUCAUUUACCCUGGCUGGAGGGGAAGGAGCAGAUUGGUGUCGGGGUUGCGGUCGUGCGGAAGAUUCUUGCGGCGCUGGCUGGUGCGUGGGAGGGACGGUAGGGGGAAGAGGGGAGGGAGAAGUGGGAGUUUGCGGUGUGGUGUUUGCCGUAUUAUAGGAUGGCAUGUCUUGUUCUAUUUGAUUUGAUACAAGAUGAUUCAAUCGAAGUACUGAUUCAACAAAAGAUAGACAGACAGAGAAGGAUAUUAUACGCCU